UUCCCCAUUUUGUCCUUAUAACACAGGUAGCCCACAGUAAGCGACCGCUGGUCAAAUUCUCGAUUGCAUGUGGGCUCUUCCUCUCAGUUUGUGCAUUCGGCCAUCUUGGGUUCGAAUCAAGACCAAGUUAACAUGGCACCUAAAGUCGAAAUGGCCGUCGGCCUCCAGAAAGGCCACAAGGUUACAAAGAAUGUCACAAAACCCAAGCCUUCCAGAAGAAAGGGGGCCAGCAAUAAGAGGGUGAAGUUUGUGCGCGACGUUGUUCGUGAAGUUGUUGGCUUUGCACCCUAUGAGAAGAGAGUCAUGGAAUUGCUGAGAAUUGGCAAGGACAAGCGUGCUCUUAAAUUCUGCAAAAAGAGGCUUGGUACCCAUGUCCGUGGCAAGAGGAAGCGUGAGGAGAUCACUAGCGUCCUUGCUGCCAUGAGGAAACAACAGCAACAGCAGCAACACUAAUACAUUCUAAUAAACCUGCCAUCAGAAAGCUGAA